AUCAUACAUUUUGAGAUCAGUAUUUGGCCAGCAAAACUUGACUUUAAAACCAACAUGGUGUUUUUGCACAACCGCUGACCAUGAGAACUGUUCUAGUGGCCUUGACUAUAGCCCUUGUGGCAAGUCAACAUGUGAAUCUUUUCCCUGAUUUGGCAGGCACCCAGACCUAUGUGUACAAAUAUGAGGCACUGCUCUUUAGUGGUCUUUACCAGGAAGGUCUGGCCAGAGCUGGCAUUAAGAUCAACAGCAAGGUUUUAAUUAGUGCUGCAGCUGAGAACGCAUUCUUUCUUAAGCUCUCGAAACCUCAGCUGUUUGAGUACAGUGGUAUCUGGCCCACAGAUACUUUUGUUUCUUCUAAGCUCACCUCAGAACUGUCUGCUCAGCUUCAGAUUCCUAUUAAGUUUGAGUACACCAAUGGUAAGGUUGGAAGGAUAUUCACCCCUUCUGUGGUCCCAACUACCGUCAUCAACCUGCACAGAGGAAUUCUGAACAUCCUUCAGCUCAACAUCAAGAAGACCCAGAACAUCUAUGAGGUUCAAGAGGAUGGAGUUCAAGGUAUUUGCGAGACCCAGUAUCUGAUUAGUGAAGAUGAAGAAAACAACCACACCAUCAUCACUAAGUCCAGGGAUCUUACCCUUUGCCAUGAGAGGAUAAUGAAGGAUGUUGGCUUGACUUACAUUGAAAAGUGCAUUGAAUGUCAGCAGAGGGAAAAGAGUCUCUCUGGAGUUGCAACUUAUAGCUACACCAUGAAGCCAACUCCAACUGGUGUUGUGUUUACUGAAGCAACAGUCCAAGAGAUUCAUCAGUUUACACCUCAUUAUGAGAUUGGUGAUGCUACUCAGAUGGAAACUAGACAAACCUUGACCUUUCUGGAGAUUAUGGCAUCCCCCAUAAUUCCAAUCAGUGCUGAAUAUUUAGCCCGUGGAUCUUUACAUUAUGAAUUUAGCACUGAGACUCUCUGGAGUCCAAUUCAGCUCAUAAAAAUCAGUAAUCCACAGGCUCAAAUAGUAGAUGCUCUGAAUCAUCUGGCAACCAAAAAACUGGAAGAAGUCCAUGAAGAUGUUCCUUUGAAAUAUAUUCAGCUCAUUCAGCUUAUGCGAUUUGCGAGUGUGGAUGCUGUUGAGGGAAUCUGGUCUCAGUUCAAAACCAGACCAAAUUUCAGGAAAUGGAUCUUAGAUGCUGUUCCUGCAGUUGGCACCCUAGCUGCUUUAAAAUUCAUCAAGAAGAUCAUUUUGGCAGAUGGACUUUCCAUCCCUGAGUUCACUCAGGUCCUUCUGGCCACUGUGCACAUGGUCACUGCUAAUUUGGACACCAUUAAGAUGUACUCUGGUCUGGCUUUGAGUCACAAAGUUCAAGAAACACCAAUUCUACGUGAUGUUGCUAUGCUUGGCUAUGGGACAAUGAUUAACAGGUACUGCAGUGGUGCUCCUGAAUGCCCAGUGGAGCUUUUGAAGCCCAUCCAUGAGAUUGUUACUGAGGCGACUGCAAAGACUGACAUUGCAGAGAUCACAUUGAUUCUGAAAGUACUGGGCAACGCUGGUCACCCUGCUAGCAUUAAAUACAUCACAAAGUUUCUACCAUUAUUUGGGACCCAAAUACCUCAUUUUCCAUUGAGAGUACAAGUGGGUGCCAUUUUGACUCUGAAGGCUGUUGCCAAAAAGGAACCAAAACUGGUCCAGAAUGCAGUUCUGCAGAUUUUUGUGAACAAAGAUCUCCACCCAGAGCUGCGCAUGGUCUCAUGGAUUGUGCUUUUUGAGACAAAACCAAGCAUGGGUCUGGUUAUUACUCUUGCACGUGCUCUUCGGAAGGAACCAAAUCUACAGGUGGCCAGUCUCGUGUACUCUCACAUGAAAGCCUUGACAAGGAGCACAUCCCCUGAGUUUGCUCUAAUUGCUGCGGCCUGCAAUGUUGCCAUCAGGAUGCUAAGCCCAAAACUGGAAAAACUUAGCUUUCUUUACAGCAAAACAAUUUUCUUGGAUGGUUAUGAGUCUCAUCUCAUGGUUGGUGCUGUUGGUAGUGCUUUCAUCAUCAAUGAUGUUGCCACCGUCCUGCCCAGAGCUGUUGUAGCUAAAGCACGUGCUUACCUUGCUGGAGCUGCCGCUGAUGUGAUUGAGGUUGGCAUCAGAACUGACGGAAUUCAGGAGGCUCUUCUGAAAUCUCCAUUUCUGAAUGAUGAAAGGCAGCCAAGGAUGAAACAAGUGCUUAAGGCUUUGAAAGCAUUCAAGGCCCUACCAAAGAAGCAGCCAUUGGGUUCAAUCUAUGUGAAACUUCUUGGACAAGAGAUCGCUUUUGCAAAUGUUGGCAAAGCAGUUCUUGAACAGGCAAUGCAGCUUACCUCUGGAGGCUAUAUACCUGAGCUGACAGGGAAAGCACUUAAAGCAAUGCAGAAUGGUAUUGCUUUCAAAUAUGCCAAGCCCCUGCUGGUGGCUGAAGUGCGUCGCAUCUUCCCAUCAGUGGCUGGUGUACCCAUGGAGUUUAGUUUGUACACUGCUGCGGUUGCUGCUGCUAAUCUGAAGGUCCAGGCUAUUAUUACACCACCUCUAACUGAAACCAUCAGUGUUGCUCAUCUGAUGAAGACAGAUGUGAGGAUAACCGCUGAAGUUUUACCCAGCAUUGCCUUACAGACCUUUGCUGUAAUGGGACUAAACACCGGCUUUAUUCAAGCUGCUUCCAUGGCCAGAGGAAAGAUCAGUACAUUUUUUCCAUUAAAAAUGGAAGCAAAGUUUGACAUCCCAAAUGCUAAUUUCAAGAUACAGGCAUUUCCUAUUGUACUUCCAGUGCAUGCUGUGACUGCACGCUUUGAAACUUUGGCAGCAGCCAGAAACAUUAAGGAGGUCAAUGCAGAGAGAAUUACACCCAUUGUACCAGAAUCAGUAGUUGUGCAACAUUCCCAAGAAUCUGAAAAUGUUCCUCAGCCACCUGCUGAGGAACCAGAACUGAAGACUAGUUUUCCAGUUCACAGAACUCUUUGUUCUGUUGUACCUCACAUUGGAGUCAAAGCAUGCAUGGAGAUUAUGUCCUGUAAUGCUAAUUUCAUCAAAAACACCACCCUUUAUAACAUGAUUGGACAGCAUGGAGUACAUAUUAACAUAGCUCGAGCUGAUGGUCCUGCUGUUGAGGGGCUAGAGCUAGAAGUCCAACUAGGUCCAAGAGCUGCUAAAAAGCUCCUUAAAGAAAUUAACAUUGUUGAUGCAAGGACUCCCAAGUUCAAGACUGUCCUUCAGAAAUUGAAAGAAAUCUUGGAGGGUGGACAGAGGAACAAUAACACCAGGUUCUUCAACCAUAAUGUAUUGUUUUCCCCUAGAAGCAGCCACAGCAUUAGUUCCAGCAGUUCUGUUCACUCUUCCAACUCUCAUCUGUCCAAAGAACUUUCCAGUGGAGAAAACAGUGAACGUUUCAAGGCUGUUCAGGAGCAGGCUAGAUUCCUUGGGGACCCACUUCCUCCAGUGGUUGCUAUCAUUGCACGAGUUGUGAGAGUUGAUCGCAAGUUGUUGGGGUACCAGCUCGUUGCUUACCUUGACAGGCCCACCUCAAGAGUGCAGAUCAUUGUGGUCUCCAUUGCAGUGAAGGACAACUGGAAGAUGUGUGCCAAUGGCAUCCUACUGAGCAAGCUCAAAGUUGCUGCAAGGAUAGCCUGGGGUGUAGAGUGCCAACAAUAUGCAAUUUCCAUCAACGCAGGGGCUGGCAACCAUGGUCCAAGUCCUAUGGCCUAUCUCAAAGUGAAGUGUGAGAAGGUGCCCACAAGUAUCACCACCUAUGCCAAAAGUUUGGCUGAAUACAUUCCUGGUGCUGCUCAAAUGACUGGAUUGGCCAUUAGUGAUGAAAAAAACAUUGAGAGACAGAUUGAACUGGUCAUACUUGUCCCAACUGAAAGGACCCUGGACAUCAUUAUUAAGACCCCAGCGAUGACCUUGUCCAAGUCAAACUUGGUUCUUCCAAUCGCUUUAACUUUUGAAGCUGUCCAGGCCUAUCCAGAAGAAGAUGUCAUGAACAUAAUUCGAAACCUUUAUAUAGAGGCUAGUUCAGCUAAAUGCAGUAAGGUCAGAAACACCUUGACUACUUUCAACCAUAGGAUAUACAACUAUGAAAUUCCGCUUUCCUGCUACCAAGUCUUGGUUCAAGACUGCACUUCAGAGCAUAAAUUCAUAGUCCUAAUAAAAAAGGAGGAUGUCUUUGAGCAUGAAGACCUAAACAUUAAGGUGGCAGAGAUUGAUGUAAACGUAUACCAUCAGGGGGGUGCAAUGAAGGUUAAAAUGAAUGGAACUGAAGUACCAACCAAGAAUAUUUCAUAUCAGCACCCAACAGGAACCAUACGAAUUAAACAGAAGGGUCAAGGCAUCGCUCUCUAUGCACCAAGCCAUGGUCUUCAAGAGGUCUACUAUGACACUGACCAGUGGAAGAUUUAUGUUGCGGACUGGAUGAAGGGACAGACUUGUGGACUCUGUGGAAAGGCUGAUGGAGAAAUCAUACAGAAUUAUCGCACACCCAGUGGAUACCUGACCAAGAGCUCAGUCAGCUUUGUUCACUCAUGGGUGCUUCCUGCUGAGAGCUGCCAUGAUGCUGAUCAGUGUCACAUGAAGCUUGAAACUGUGGAACUGGAGAAGCAGAGGUCAGAUAGGCAAGAGUCCAAAUGCUACUCUGUUGAGCCUGUGUUGCGUUGCCUGCCUGGCUGUCUGCCAAUUAGGACUAGUCAUAUCACUGUUGGAUACUACUGCCUGCCUUCUAACCUAAAAUCAAACCUUUCUGCAAAUCUGAGCAGCAACUAUGAGAAGACUGAAGAUCUGAUAGAAACUGCAGAAGCCCACAUAGCCUGUUACUGUACAGAGAAGUGUUUAACACUGUAGCAAAAUUGCAACGUUUUAAAAAAAAGCAAUUAAACAAAUAAAAAAAUUAUACUAGCUAAACUAAAUAUGGGUUAAAACUACAUCACAUCAGCUCAAGCUCUGAAAUGUAUCACAAUUGCUAAUUUGGCUGGUAAAUAUGUAAAUGUCCCCCCUAUAUUUUAAUAAACAUGGUCUUUAGCAA